CCAGCUUAUUACAUUAUUUUCUUUGGUUUGUUCUAUUGCAACUUUUGGUAUUGAAUUUUGCAUGUGAAUUUUCUCUGUGCUAGUGUACUAUCAUGGUUUAUUUCGCUGUUAUUUUUCAUGAGUGGUAAUACUAUAGAAAAGUUCUCAGUGUAUCCAGUCGCCACCGAAUUUUAUUACUUUUACAGCUUUGCUAUUUUUGUUUUAACCAGAUGAAAGGCAUAUUUGCAAAUGAAAAAAUUGAGUUGGUAUAAAAAGCAGUCAUUUUUCCACACGAAAUUUCUCACCUUAUUGUAAUUUGGUUGACAACUCAGUAUUCCCUUCAUUAUAUGUCAUAGUAUUUUUCUGGCUCGCACACAAUUGAAAUAUUCUUUUUAUGCCGUACACGCCCCUGCGAGCACCAAACUAUUCCACCAACCAUCAAAAUUACUCGGCCACAUCAGCAACAGCAUCAUUAUUAAAAGACCCGGCCAUGGGCACUCCACGCGAACUUGCAGGAAUUGAUGCCAGCAACAUUAACAGCCAGAUCGACGAAGCAGCAACGCCCAAUGUGUCGCGCACUCCAGCCAUCGGCGCCGGUACCGAAUUCGUGGGCACAUUAAAUGCAACUCUGACAGGCGUCAAAAAGAAGAUGGUCACCGAGUGGCGUCGUUCCGACAAGAUCCUUAUAAUCACCGGCAUCUUCUUCAUUAACUUUAUCACCUCCUUGGAUUCCAGCGCCACGGGCACUAUCCAACCCAAAGUUCUCAGCGACUUUAACGCCAUGACGCGUGCUGGGCUAAUUGCCACAGUCACGUACUUGCUCGUUGUCGGGGUUCGCCCGAUGUUCGCCAAGAUCUCGGAUGUCUUUGGCCACUUGCAGGCGCUCAUCCUGGCAAUGAUCCUGCACACCUUGGGAUUUGUUAUUUGUGCGGCGGCUAAAAACUUUUCGUCUAUUUUUGGCGGCACUGUUAUUUCAGUUUUGGGUCAGGCCGGGUACGGGACGCUGGUGGCUAUUAUUCUGGCGGAUAUUUUGCCUAUUCAUCUGCGCGGUGUUGUCGCCGCCUACGUGUCUAUUCCAAAUGUGACAAACUACUAUUUGGGCGUCGAGGUCGGCCAGGGGUUGAUUAACCGGUGGCAGUGGGUCUACGGGAUACUGGCUAUUCUGGCUGUUUUCUGCUCGAUGCCGGCAAUCUACAGUUUGUAUUUCUUGGACAAGCGCGCGCGAGAAAUCCUGCGCACCCUGGUCAAGGACGACAUAUCCGCCAAGAAACCUUUGUUUACGCGGUUCUUGAAAGUAAUGAUGGAGAUGGACGUUCCUGGGCUUGUGCUCAUUUGCGGGGGCAUUAUCUCGAUCCUAGCUCCGCUGGGAAUGCAGCUCAACAUUAUCUACGGCUGGGGCAGCGCGCGCGUUAUCGCCCCACUGUGCAUCGGAGUGGUCGCCCUGGGGUUCUUUAUCUACUACGAGCGCUGUCUAGCCACAUUCCCCGUUGUGCCAUUCAGGCUGUUCCGGACACGCACGUUCUCCUGUGCCAUUCUCGCGGCAAUAUUCUUCUACUACACGUCGAACGUGUCGCUGUUUUACUUUAAUCCGUUUAUUCAGGUGACGCGCGAGGUGUCGUCGCGCACAGCCAUGCUUUUGCAGCUGGGGACCACUGGGUACUACGUUGGAUUGUUUUUCGGUGGCUGGGCCAUGCAGUUCUCUAAGCGGUAUCGCCGCUGGGCGUGGGUUGGCUGGGCGCUGUGGUUCCUUGGCGUUUGCCUGAUGAUCCGGUCGCGCAGUGGCAGCAACACGACAAAUGCUGAGAUUGCCAUUGUCCAAACGAUCUUGGGAAUUGGCAGUGGAAUCGUCAUUGGAUGUGUCGGUAUUGGAGUCCAAGCGUCUGUUUCGGUUGUUGACUUGCCGAUUGCAAUUACGCUUUAUGGCAUGGUCGCUUAUCUUGGUGGUGUCCUUGGUGAAGGCACAUCGACAACCGUUUGGGUCAACGUGUUGCCGUCAAAGCUCCAGGGCAAGAUGAACCUUGAUGUUGACAUCAACAGCGCGAUCAACAAUAUUACAUACUUUUUCGAGCUACCCAAGGACCAGCGAGUUAUUGUACAGGCCGCGUAUGUGAGCACACAGAAGAUUCUGACUAUCUGCGGCAUUGUCUCUAUGCUCCUUGCCGGAAUUGCCAUGAUUGGACUCGCGCCCUACGAUCUGUCUGAGAAGAAGAAAUCAAAUGAUGAUGAUAAUGCUGCUGACGAGCCAAACCUGCUUGCAGAUGACACCUCUGAUAACAGCUUGUCUGUUGGCUUCAAAAGUAAGGUUCGCGUUGUCAACGCCUAGCUAACAUACAUGUUAUUUAAAUAAGCAU